CUGGUGGGAGUCGGUUCUCUUUUUCUACUUUGUAGGUCUUGGGGAUUGAACUCAGGUUCUCAGGCUUGGCAGCAAGGACCUUUACUCCAGGAGCCGUCCCUCUGGUCCCCUAGAAGUUACUUUUGCGGGCUGGAAGGAAAGGCGCUCCCAGUGCUACAUGUAUUUUCUGUGAGGGAGGUCACAGCCAAUGAUGGCUACCACACUAGAUUUGAAAUCUAAGGAGGAGAAGGAUGCGGAGUUGGACAAGAGGAUUGAGGCUCUUCGCCGGAAGAAUGAGGCCCUCAUCCGGCGCUACCAGGAGAUUGAGGAGGAUCGGAAAAAAGCUGAGCUGGAGGGUGUGGCAGUGACAGCCCCCCGGAAGAGCCGUUCCAUGGAGAAGGAGAACAUGGCAGUGGAGGAGAAGAGCCUGGGUCCCUCUCGGAGGACUCCUGGGACUCCUCGGCCCCCGGGGGCCAGCAGAGGGGGCCGGACCCAUCCCCAGCAGGGAGGCCGGGCAGGCGUAGGCCGGGCAUCCCGAGGCUGGGAGGAUGGUGCCGGGGAGCAGCUUCGAGGGGGUUCUGGGGGCCGGGGCCGGAGGGGCCGGGGCCGGGGCUCCCCUCAUCUCCUAGGGGCAGGAGACAGCUCAACCUCUGAUCGCAAGUCCAAGGAGUGGGAGGAGCGGCGCAGGCAGAACAUUGAGAAGAUGAAUGAGGAGAUGGAGAAGAUCGCCGAAUACGAGCGAAACCAGCGGGAAGGGGUGCUGGAGCCCAACCCAGUGCGCAACUUCCUGGAUGAUCCCCGACGUCGGGGUGGGCCCCUUGAGGAGUCUGAGAGGGACCGCCGGGAAGGCAGCCGCCGCCAUGGACGCAACUGGGGAGGCUCGGAUUUUGAGCGGGUGCGCUCUGGCUUGGAACAGGAGCGACAGGGCCGCAGGGCUGGCCUGGGCAGUGGGGGCGACAUGACAAUGUCCAUGACCGGCCGGGAGCGGUCAGAGUACCUGCGCUGGAAGCAGGAGAGGGAGAAGAUCGACCAAGAGCGUCUGCAGCGACACCGCAAGCCCACCGGGCAGUGGCGGCGGGAGUGGGAUGCCGAGAAGACCGAUGGCAUGUUCAAGGAUGGCCCAGCUCCUACCCAUGAACUGUCCCACCGCUAUGAUGACCAAGCUUGGGCAAAACCUCCUAAGCCCCCCACUUUUGGAGAGUUCCUUUCUCAGCACAAAGCUGAAGUCAACAGCCGCAGGAGGAGAAAGAACAAUCGACCUCAGGCCAAGGUGGCCCCUCGUGCCUAUAGUGACCAUGACAAUCGCUGGGAGACAAAAGAGGAAGCUGUGUCCUCAGCCCCUGAGCCCUCUCAGUCCCUGUCCUUGGAGGAGACGCCCACACAGCCUCCUGAGACCCCAGCCCCAGCCCACCGGCCUCCUGAGGAGGAUGGUGAGGAAGAUGGUGAGGAAGAUGUGGGAGAAGAGGAGGAGGGAGAAGAGGGGGAAGAUGAUGAGGAGGAUGAAGAAUGGGAGGACGUGAGUGAAGAUGUUACUGAGGAGGAAGAAGAGGAAGAAGAAGAGUUUGAAGAGGAGGAAGAGGGUCCCAAGGACCAGGAAGCAGCAGCUGUUCCUGAUCACCAGCCUGAAGCUGAGCCUGCUGGGAAGCCCACCUGUGAGCAGGUGGACCCCGUGCCUGCUGGGCCCCAGGAGUUGCUGUCCCCAGUCCCCGUUGAACCUCCCAGCCCCUUCUCACCCUCUGAGGACCACCAGCCUGUGUCUGACUGGGGAGGUGACCAGCCUGCCCUUGCCUCCUUGGAGAGCGGGCCCAGCUUGGCAGGAACCCUGAAGUCUGAAGAAGAGGGGCCUGAGGCAUCUCCAGGUGGGAUGCAUGAGACUGGUGGAGAGGUAGGCCCCGAGGGCCAGGAGACGGCGGAGAUCACAGACUUCCAGAGGGCCGUCCCGCAAUCCUGAAGACGCUGCUGGGAGGGGCGGCAGCGCAGGUUUGCCUGGCUCCCAGGAUGGCUGCUUCUCCGUGCAGUCUACCCUGGAUCCCUCGCCUCUAGGGAACAGAAAUUUACGCUGGUGUGGAGUUCCUGGGGAAGGGGCCCCGCAGGGCUGAUGGGUAGAACUGGGUCUCGGAACACUUGAAGCAGUCGAGGGAUGUGAACAUGGG